GAAAUAAUGGAUAUCUCCCCAACCACUUCGAUGCUGUUGGUUUUCGUCAUCACAUUCCUCGUGGUUUGGAUGUGGAGAAGAAAAGAGAAGCCGAGAGGAAACCUUCCACCCAACGAAUGGUUCCCCUUCAGUGAGUUCUUAGGUGUGUUUGCGGAGCUGGAUGUAUUUUUAAAGAAUAUGCCGAAGAGCAAAUCUCUGUCAUAUUUCUGCAAUAAAUUUACGGGAGAUAAAGUCUUCAUAUUUAACAGCCACGAGCUCAUCCACAAAGCUUUCGUCAAGAAAGGGCAUUUAUUCCUUGGAAGACCAGGUCCUUUUUUAUGGGAGGAAUGGGCUACACGGAAUGGUGUGGUCCAUGGCAUCGCCAAUGCUACAGGUGAGCUGUGGAAACAACAGCGGAGAUUUGCCCUGAUGACUUUACGUGACUUUGGACUGGGGAAGACCUCCAUCGCGGAGACUAUCCAGGAUGAGAUAGGAUAUCUUCUUGACGAGUUCCAGAAAUAUGACGACAAGGCCGUAGAUCCGCAGUAUCUUUUGAUGCCUGCCAUAUCAAACGUUACCAUCUCCCUUGUGUUUGGAGAUAGAUUUCAAUUCGAUGAUCCAAAAUUCCAACAGAUUCUGAAGAACAUUGGAGAACAGUUUAGAUAUAUAAUGCGGGCACAAAUAACACUCACGUAUCCGAUUUUGAAGUACGUUCCUGGAGACCCAUUUAAAGUCCACUACUCUCUUAAAUGCCUGGAAAUUACACGAAAAUUCCUCCAAGAGAGAAUCCAGAAACAUAUGGCAGAAUACGACCCGGAUAACAUACAGUGUUUCACGGAUGCCUACAUCAAGGUUUUAAAGGCUGAGAAAGACAAAGAGGGAACGUAUUUUACUGAAUUCCAAUUGUUGACGAUAUUAGAAGAGCUGUUUACAGCUGGAACGGACACCACGGUGACCACUCUCAGAUGGGGACUGCUCUUGUUGAUUCUGAAUCCAGACGUGCAGGAGAAGGUUCACGAUGAACUUGACAGUGUGAUAGGUUCCCGCCGUGUCUCCAUGGAAGACCGUGCCUCCUUGCCCUAUACGGAGGCCACACUGCUGGAGAUACAGCGCCUUGGGUGUGUCGUUCCAAUGGCGGGACACAGUAACACGGAGGAUGUAGAGAUGAUGGGAUAUACCAUCCCCGCAGGUUCAAACAUAACGGCAAAUUUUCUACGUGUCUUUCAUGAUGAGUCAUUUUGGAACAACCCAAACAAGUUUGAUCCAACAAGGUUUCUGGACGAGAGUGGGAAGUUGGGGAAAAUUCCAGAUUGCUUGACACCAUUCUCUCUUGGCGGUCGUGUGUGUCUCGGAGAGUCCCUUGCAAAGAUGGAACUGUUCCUGUUCUUCACCAACUUGCUUCAGCAGUUCUCGUUUAAAAUACCCACCGGGGAAGAGAAACCGAGCCUCAAGGCUCGUAUUGCCCUCUUGCGAUAUCCACUUCCUUUUAAGGUUGAAGUGCACAAAAGGCACUAAACUUCCACGUCUUCUUCAGUGAAUGACACAAUGCAUGGCAUUGAUGUAACUCUCAAAAGACAAAUGCAGAAACUAAAUGUUAAUGCUUAUGGUGAAACAAAGUUUUGACUGAUAUUUUAGAUCAUUUGUAAUCGAUAUCUCCAUUCUUGUAAUUUGUCAAAUUAAUUUAAGCUUCGUCUUCACUUUUAAGUACAUAGCCUAUAUAGCAUUUAUUAUUUUAAUGUGACAUGUGAAUAUAUAUAAAUAUGUAUGUCACCGGCCAAAUGGGCCUACAAUUAAGUCAUCGAACUUUGCACAUUUAUCAAAAACAUGAAAUUAAGGUUACAAGUUAUAACAAGAUCAAACCCGGUUAGAUAUAUGGCAUAAUAGUAAAUCUCAGUAGUAAUUGCUGAAAAUUUGUUUUCAGCAGGGUGGU